GAGAAAAUUGUGAUUUGUCCUGAGAAAUCCACACCCAAUAAGAGAAUUUUCUUGUCAAAUAUUGACUUAUCCCUAGUGGCUUAUCAAGAUUCUGCAUCCUUCUUUGAUCCUCCGAGUAGCCAAAUGAGCUUUUCUCAGAUUUGUAACAAAUUGUAUUGUGCUCUACGUAAAAUGGUCGUGCAUUAUGAUUUCAUGGCUGGUCGGCUUGUGCCGAGCUUGGAAGAGGAUGGUCGAUUUGAGAUCGACUGCAAUGGUGCCGGCAUCGUCGUCGCUGCAGCUAAAAUCGAUAAAAAGUUGAGUGAAUUUGGUGAAAUUUCUUUGUCUAAUCCAAGGUUAAAGCAACUUAUUUGUUUCGUGCGUGAAGAGGAUGAAGAAAUUAACGUGAACGACAUGCCUCUUGCAUCCAUACAGCUGACUCAGUUUGGAUGUGGAAGCUUAGCACUUGCCUCUCACUACAACCACUGCACACUUGAUGGUGUAGCCAUAAGAGACUUUGAGAUGAACUUAUGUGCCUUAACAAGAGGUGAUGACUUCAUAGUAAUACCAAAUGCAGAUAGAACCUUCCUUAAAGCAAGAAACCCUCUAAAGAUAACACAUCCACAUUAUGAGUACUCCAAAACCCCAAGCACAUACAAUGUGUUCACCUCUCGCGGCACAAGUCAGAUUGGCAUCACCAAACGGCGAUCCAUGACAGAAAACAAAGUUCACGUGCUUCAUUUAUCACCACAAGAAGUUUCCAGAUUCAAGAACAAUGCUAUGAAGUCUAACACCUUAAAGAACAUCACUACAUUUCAUGUAGUUGCAGCCAGAAUAUGGAAGGCGAGGAGCAUUGCGAUGAAGAUGCCAGAGGAGGAGAUAUCCACGAUGCUGUUCCCGGUCGAAGUGAGGAAGUUGGUUGUCCCUGGACUGCAAGAAGGGUUUGCAGGUAAUGCAUUGGUUCCUGGCUUUGCAAGGGCUACAGUGAAGGAGCUCGUAGAACUGGAAGAUGCUUUUCUGAUAAUGAAAGUGCAAGAAGGGAUUGAGAGGAUGGAUGAAGAGUAUGUGAGGUCAGGGAUAGACUGGUUAGAGGUGAACAGAGGAGUGCCUUGUACAGAAAACAGUUUUUCACUGGUGGCUUGGUGGAAAUUAGGGCUAGAGGAUCAGCAAUUUGCUUGGGGGAGAGUAAAAUGUGCUACUCCACUUGAACUUAAGCCUGGUUUGGUUAUGAUGUUGACAGGAACAGAAGGUAAAGGAGGCCUUACUAUUUGCCUGGAAUUGCCUGAGGAUCAGAUGCAGGAGUUCUGCAGGAUCAUGCUUGAAGCAUGAACUUAUUUACCUCUAAUAAGAUAGAGUCUAUAUGCGUCCUAGACUUAUAAUUUCCUUUUUCUUAAAAAAAAAGAAAUAUGAGACAGUAUAUGCAAUGAUAUUUCCAAUAAUAUGAAUUUUCAUUGGCCUUGUUGGGGUUCAACUAUAUGAUAUUG